CAGGGCCACGGCAGCCGCGCCCGCUGGGCCACAGAGGCCGCUGAGGCCGCGGCGCCCGCCAGCCUGUCCCGCGCCAUGGCCCCGCGCGCCCGGCGGCGCCGCCCGCUGUUCGCGCUGCUGCUGCUCUGCGCGCUGCUCGCCCGGCUGCAGGUGGCUUUGCAGAUCGCUCCUCCGUGUACCAGUGAGAAGCAUUAUGAGCAUCUGGGACGGUGCUGUAACAAAUGUGAACCAGGAAAGUACAUGUCUUCUAAAUGCACUACUACCUCUGACAGCGUAUGUCUGCCCUGUGGCCCGGAUGAAUACUUGGAUAGCUGGAAUGAAGAAGAUAAAUGCUUGCUGCAUAAAGUUUGUGAUACAGGCAAGGCCCUGGUGGCCGUGGACGCCGGCAACAGCACGACCCCCCGGCGCUGCGCGUGCACGGCUGGGUACCACUGGAGCCAGGACUGCGAGUGCUGCCGCCGUAACACCGAGUGCGCGCCGGGCCUGGGCGCCCAGCACCCGUUGCAGCUCAACAAGGACACGGUGUGCAAACCUUGCCUUGCAGGCUACUUCUCUGAUGCCUUUUCCUCCACGGACAAAUGCAGACCCUGGACCAACUGUACCUUCCUUGGAAAGAGAGUAGAACAUCAUGGGACAGAGAAAUCUGAUGUGGUUUGCAGUUCUUCUCUGCCAGCUAGAAAACCACCAAAUGAACCCCAUGUUUACUUGCCCGGUUUAAUAAUUCUGCUUCUCUUCGCGUCUGUGGCCCUAGUGGCUGCCAUCCUCUUUGGCGUUUGCUAUAGGAAAAAAGGGAAAGCACUCACAGCUAAUUUGUGGCACUGGAUCAAUGAGGCUUGUGGCCGCCUAAGUGGAGAUAAGGAGUCCUCAGGUGACAGUUGUGUCAGUACACACACGGCAGACUUUGGUCAGCAGGGAGCAUGUGAAGGUGUCUUACUGCUGACUCUGGAGGAGAAGACAUUUCCAGAAGAUAUGUGCUACUCAGAUCAAGGUGGUGUCUGUCAGGGCACGUGUGUAGGAAGUGGUCCCUACGCACAAGGCGAAGAUGCCAGGAUGCUCUCAUUGGUCAUCGAGACCGAGAUAGAGGAAGACAGCUUCAGACAGAUGCCCGCGGAAGAUGAAUACAUGGACAGGCCCUCCCAGCCCACAGACCGUUUACUGUUCCUCACUGAGCCUGGAAGCAAAUCCACACCUCCUUUCUCUGAACCCCUGGAGGUGGGGGAGAAUGACAGUUUAAGCCAGUGCUUCACGGGGACACAGAGCACAGUGGGUUCAGAAAGCUGCAACUGCACUGAGCCCCCGUGCAGGACUGAUUGGACUCCCGUGUCCUCUGAAAACUACUUGCAAAAAGAGGUGGACAGUGGCCAUUGCCCGCACUGGGCAGCCAGCCCCAGCCCCAACUGGGCAGAUGUCUGCACAGGCUGCCGGAACCCUCCUGGGGAGGACUGUGAACCCCUCGUGGGUUCCCCAAAACGUGGACCCUUGCCCCAGUGCGCCUAUGGCAUGGGCCUUCCCCCUGAAGAAGAAGCCGGCAGGACGGAGGCCAGAGACCAGCCCAAGGAUGGGGCUGAUGGGAGGCUCCCAAGCUCAGCGAGGGCAGGUGCCGGGUCUGGAAGCUCCCCUGGUGGCCAGUCCCCUGCAUCUGGAAAUGUGACUGGAAACAGUAACUCCACGUUCAUCUCCAGCGGGCAGGUGAUGAACUUCAAGGGCGACAUCAUCGUGGUCUACGUCAGCCAGACCUCGCAGGAGGGCGCGGCGGCGGCUGCGGAGCCCAUGGGCCGCCCGGUGCAGGAGGAGACCCUGGCGCGCCGUGACUCCUUCGCGGGGAACGGCCCGCGCUUCCCGGACCCGUGCGGCGGCCCCGAGGGGCUGCGGGAGCCGGAGAAGGCCUCGAGGCCGGUGCAGGAACAAGGCGGGGCCAAGGCUUGAGCGCCCCCCCAUGGCUGGGAGCCCGAAGCUCGGAGCCAGGGCUCGCGGUGGCAGCACAGCCUCUGCCCCAGCCCCGGCCACCCAGGGAUCGAUCGGUACAGUCGAGGAAGACCACCCGGCAUUCUCUGCCCACUUUGCCUUCCAGGAAAUGGGCUUUUCAGGAAGUGAAUUGAUGAGGACUGUCCCCAUGCCCACGGAUGCUCAGCAGCCCGCCGCACUGGGGCAGAUGUCUCCCCUGCCACUCCUCAAACUCGCAGCAGUAAUUUGUGGCACUAUGACAGCUAUUUUUAUGACUAUCCUGUUCUGGGGGGGGGGGGUGUGGUCUAUGUUUUCCCCCCAUAUUUGUAUUCCUUUUCAUAACUUUUCUUGAUAUCUUUCCUCCCUCUUUUUUAAUGUAAAGGUUUUCUCAAAAAUUCUAAAGGUGAGGGUCUCUUUCUUUUCUCUUUUCCUUUUUUUUUUUUUUUUUUUUCUUUUUUUGGCAACCUGGCUCUGGCCCAGGCUAGAGUGCAGUGGUGCGAUUAUAGCCCGGUGCAGCCUCUAAUUCCUGGGCUCAAGCAAUCCAAGUGAUCCUCCCACCUCAAUCUUCGGAGUAGCUGGGAUCACAGCUGCAGGCCACGCCCAGCUUCCUCCCAGAGACACGGUCCCACCGUGUUACCCAGCCUGGUCUCAAACUCCCCAGCUAAAGCAGUCCUCCAGCCUCGGCCUCCCAAAGUACUGGGAUUACAGGCGUGAGCCCCCACGCUGGCCUGCUUUACGUGUUUUCUUUUGUGCCCCUUCUCACAGUGUUUUGGAGAUGGCUUUCCCAGUGUGUGUUCAUUGUAAACACUUUUGGGAAAGGGCUAAACAUGUGAGGCCUGGAGAUAGUUGCUAAGUUGCUAGGAACAUGUGGUGGGACUUUCAUAUUCUGAAAAAUGUUCUAUAUUCUCAUUUUUCUAAAAGAAAGAAAAAAGGAAACCCUAUUUUUUUCUCCUGAAUCUUUUUAAGUUUGUGUCGUUCCUUAAGCAGAACUAAGCUCAGUAUGUGACCUUACCCCCUAGGUGGUUAAUUUAUCCAUGCUGGCAGAGGCACUCAGGUACUUGGUAACCAAAUUUCUAAAACUCCAAGUUGCUGCAGCUUGGCAUUCUUCUUAUUCUAGAGGUCUGUCUGGAAAAGAUGGAGAAAAUGAACAGGACAUGGGGCUCCUGGAAAGAAAGGGCCCGGGAAGUUCAAGGAAGAAUAAAGUUGAAAUUUUAAUUUACAUUCUCUUUGUCUAGAUAAGAAUAGCAUGAAUAGAUCCUCUUUUAUUCGUAAAUAAUCGUGCAUCUGUGGGUUAGCCUUGUAGAAGUGGAAAACAUUCCAUUUUCCAAUGCAUUUAAAUGUAAAGCCAAAUCUGCAUGUUGUGAAUUUAAGAAAACUUAUUAUCCUAAAGGUGCCUUUCUCUUGGCAUCAUCCCCCUUGUGAGAAGCCUAGAGGACGCUCCAGGUGGAAGGAAAUCCCCUGGGUGGUUUUAUCUUUUGUUACCCAGUGAGCACUGGUUCCCCGCAAAUACUGGGGAAAAGCAAAAAUACACAAGCAAGUUAAAAUUAAUUUUGCACAUCUGGUAGGUUAUAAAAGAAAGCACUAAUAGUAGUCACUGCCCAGACUUUAUUGGCCACAAAUGCCCAGCUGAAGAGCAUGACUGUGGAUCACUGGUUUUUCCCUCCUGCUUGAAAUGCUGGGGUGGUAGCGGUCGAUUAGGAUUUUCAGUGGAGAAGCACAGGACAGUUCUGUAAUUUAUGGGACUCGUUAGCCAACAUAAAGAACUGCAGGAAAUAACUGCACAGCCAGGAGGAUCCGUUGGUGGGAAUUUACCGUCAUUCCUGCCCUUUUAUUUAACAUCAUCCACAGACAGAUGUUAUACUAAUGGAGGAAACCAUUAUACCUUUUGAUAUGGAAUAUAUUACAGAGUUACAGUUCACAAAGUAGAAUGCUGAGCUGAAAACCCAAGUCCCUGCUGUGACUGUCAUCUCACUGAGCACGUCGCUUUUCUUUGCUUUUAUUUUUUCCUUCUAUAAAAAGGCAAUAAUGAUAAUUUAUAAUAGUUUCCCUACCCAGAGAUAUUAGAAGGAUGCUACAGUGAAUGUUAAAGUACCUUGAGAUCCUUAAAUCAAAGGUGCUAUAUACAUAAGACUCUACUUUCAGAAAAAGGUAAUAUUCUUUCCUGCACUGAUCCCUACUAAUUCUGUAUUGAUCCAAAGGCAACUCAAUGCUAAAAAAUGUAUAGAAAAUAUAAGUCUGUGUCUGUGUACUGUAGAGAUGUAUGUGACAAGUGUAAACAAAAUGAACUGAAGCAAUAAUGAACAGUUAUUAGGGGGAACAUGAUAAAGAGAUUAUAUUAAGCUUAUGUUUCACCAUAAAAUCCUUUUUAUGGCUUGCUAAAACCGAGCUCACUGUAAAAUCAUGAUCCAACUUAUUGCUAAUCUUUAUGAUAUGCUUAUUCCUAAUCUUUAUGGUAUGGUGUCAACCGUUCAUUUGUAUCUUAUUGCUCAUUCCCUGGACCACAGACUAGGGACAGAAAAUACUUGCUUUGAUAAUAUAUAUGCUGUUGAUUUCACAAAAAUUUCUUAAAAUACAGCCUGGGUACCCAGUGAAAGAGCUGAAAUGGAAA